CUAAGAAGCCUCUAUUUUUUGCCAGUUCUUCUAUUGAAAUCGACUUCUUACUUCUGUUGUAAGUAUAUAUUAUAUAUUUCGUGUACAGAAUUAUUUAGCCCUAGAAGGUUGAGGAAUUAUAAGCACAGUUUUGUGCAGAACCUAACAGUUUUGGAGAAAAAUGGAGGUUGUGUUAACGAAAAUAUAUCGGGCUCAGAUAUAAAUGUGUUGAAUGUUUCAAACUGAUUGAGCACUACAGACAUCUUAAUUUUGGACAAGAAAUCAGAAAGCAUGUACAAUAAUAUAUCUCAAUCGAUAAUCAAAAAAGUGUCUAAGGCCAAUUCAGUAGAAUCAGAAAAAUACCCAGAGUUAAAAGGAGAAGCCUGAAGCGUCUGUGGAACUGAAGUGUUAAUUUUGUCAAUUUGUCAUAUUCGUUGAAAUGAGAGUUUGUCGACUUAAAGGGGGCCAUUUCAUUUACAGUCUCCAGGUUGUUUCAUUGGAACGGCAAAAUUUAUUAUGCGAGGGGACAUAGAUGCUAGAAAAUUUGAUAUGAAAAAGCCUAGAAUCAGAAGGCAGUGAAGAAUCAGGCUAAAAGACUCAUAUAAUCACUUCUCAGUAAAAACUGAGUUGAAUUUACAAUGAUCUUAAUGAGUAAAUGAAUACCUCUAUUUAAGUGUCAAACUAAAAUAGCUGCAGUGGAAGAACGGUGUGAUUAGGGCACUUUAUGAUCUAAACUUAAUUAAAUAAUCAACAAAUAUGAUAGUUAUUUUUGGUUUUGUUUUGUUCUCUUUCGUUGUAUUUUUUUCACAAAAAUAGCGCAUCCUAAAGUGCUUGAGGACAGACGUCAGAAUUAUGUGAAUUAUUCGAAAGAAAAGUGUUUUUACCCCUUUGUUCUCGAAAUAUACGUUCCGCGGUUUACAUAACACUAUUUUGUAACUUAAAAGUGUCAUCCAUAUUUCAAAUGUACUGUGGUUUGGAGGUCAAAAGAUCAAGUGUGUACAUGGUAACAAGCAAUUUAUGAACUAUUCCUCUUCUUUAACUCUUGCGAAGUUGGAAAAAUUUUACCUGUCUUACAAAUUGUUUUCAGUCACGUGAUUGCCUUUUAAUUUGGCGCCAUAUUGGUGCACAUGACAUGUAAACAUAUAACACGAAGCUAGUUCAGUAGCAACAAAAUAAGGGUUUUAUACGCGGUUUUUGUCUUUUGGACAAGAAGUUUCCGUGAUAAGGGAAUUCAUAUGGCAAGAUUACUUUCAUGACGGACAGCAAUGAAUUUGUGUCAAAAACAAUUCUAUAAACUGAACAUUUUUAUCCUUGUUUGGCAGUGGCAGUAGCGACUUCGCAAUCAUUACCAGCUACAGUCUUGGGAAAGAAAGGCUACAGAAGACAUCAUGGAGCUCACAAUAAAAGUAAGCUGUUUUAACUUUUAGCUACAUGUACUGGUCUGCCAAAGAAAAGAUCCCACAAAACGGCUUAUGGAAAGGUCCGAGUAUUCGGCUUCCACAAGUUCCAAAAUUAGCCUGAGGAAACAGCCGACAUUUAGAAAGCCACCGUGACGUCUGAUGAACGAGUGAAGGAAUUUCAUACUGAUGACGUGACGCUAUCCAGAUCUAGGUAGUCCUCCUGACUGGCUGAAAAUUUGCUUCAUACCAUGAGAAGCACCAACCAGAUCUGGGUAGUGUGACGUGCCGCGCCAUCAGUACUUCAGACGUCAUUUUGAGGGAAAACGAGGGGUGGAGACGUGAUAUGUCGGCUGUUUUCUCAGGCUAAUUCCAAAAUCUGUGUAUCUGGAACACAAUGAGCGUGUGAUAAAAUUUCUGUAAAAGUAUAACGUUUAAAGUCGACUGUUUGUUAUGUACAGCGUUCAAUAGACCCACUCUGAAACUGAAAAAUGGACAGUUAUAAUGCAAAAGUGCAGUGUCAUAAAAAAGUUCCCCCUCCUGAUAAGAGUUUUAAGAUACAUCCUAUGCAAGUUCUAGAUUCUAUGCAAAGUUACUUACGUGAUGCAAGUAAGUCAGUGUGUUGCAUUGCUUUAGUCCAGCGUACUCGCGAGAUGUGAACUCCUUUGGCUACCCCAAUUCAGAACCUGCGACCUGCGCAGCUCGCCCUGUGAGUUGUCCAUAUCUCUGUGGUCAGAGCGACUUCUACCGCAUCCGGAAGGUCGUGGGUUCUUUUCAAGCUGAAGGCUCGGAUUUUUUCCGAGCAUUUGUUGGCUGUACUUACUUUCUAAAGUUACAAAAACUACUUAAAUAUUUUUCUGAUGCAUAGCCAAAACCAUCACGCCACUGUCCUUGCAUGACAUCAAACGUCGAAUCAGUAAAAAACGAAAACUCCAGAUUUGGUCUGCAGAGCUUGUCUUUUGGUUAAAGCGCUGCAGCGGCAUUGCAGAGGUCAGGUUUCGAAUCCCGGAAAGCCUAAAUUUUUUUGACAGGGUUUCUUCUUGCAACUGCAUAAGUUGGAUCUUCUUUGCAUUGAAUAAUAAUAAUAAUAAUAAUAAUAAUAAUAAUAAUAAUAAUAAUAUAUA